AUGGCGGCCGUAAGUUUUCCUGAUUCUGUCCGAUGCUCCACAAGGACUAAUUCGGCGCAGCCCAUAACUACGGUGUCGGAGGGCCGUGAGGUCCGUGGACUCAACCUCAUUGCUGCGCACUCUCACAUUCGCGGACUGGGAGUCGAUCUAGCGACGCUCGAGCCACGCGGUUCUUCACAGGGUCUGAUCGGACAAGAGAAGGCGCGCAAGGCAGCCGCAGUGAUCCUACAGAUGGUCAAAGAGGGAAAGAUUGCAGGCAGAGCAGUAUUGGUCUCUGGACCUCCCGGGACUGGUAAAACUGCGAUUGCCUUGGCCAUGGCGCAAUCGCUUGGGCCAGAUGUUCCAUUCACGAUGCUCGCAUCCUCGGAAAUCUUCUCCCUUGAAAUGUCCAAAACCGAGGCUCUCACCCAAGCCUUCCGCAAAUCCAUCGGCGUCCGGAUCAAGGAAGAGAGCGAGAUCAUCGAAGGCGAAGUUGUGGAGAUUCAGAUUGAUAGAAGCGUUUCGGGGGGGAAUAAACAAGGCAAGCUCACCAUCAAAACUACGGAUAUGGAAACCGUCUACGACAUGGGAACCAAAAUGAUCGAUUCUAUGACCAAAGAAAGAGUGAUGGCCGGAGAUGUGAUAUCAAUCGACAAAUCGUCAGGAAAGAUCACCAAGCUGGGCAGGUCAUACACAAGGUCCCGGGAUUACGAUGCCAUGGGUGCGGAUACCAAAUUUGUGCAGUGUCCUGAGGGCGAGCUCCAGGUCCGAAAGGAGGUCGUCCACACAGUCUCCCUCCACGAGAUCGACGUGAUCAACUCCAGAACGCAGGGAUUCCUUGCAUUAUUUUCGGGCGAUACGGGCGAGAUUCGAAGCGAAGUGCGCGAUCAGAUCAACACGAAAGUUGCGGAGUGGAAAGAAGAAGGGAAAGCGGACAUUAUUCCGGGGGUACUGUUCAUCGACGAAGUGCACAUGUUGGACAUUGAGUGUUACUCCUACAUCAACCGGGCAUUGGAGGCGGACCUCGCCCCAAUCGUAAUCAUGGCAAGCAACAGGGGCAACACGCGCAUACGUGGAACGACAUAUACCUCACCCCAUGGCCUCCCAUUGGACUUUCUUGAUCGCGUCGUCAUCAUCAGCACACAACCUUAUUCAUCUGAAGAGAUCUCCCAGAUUCUUGCCAUCCGGGCCCAGGAGGAAGAGGUUGACCUAUCGGCGGAUGCCCUUGCCUUGCUCACAAAGAUCGGCCAAGAGUCAGGUCUGCGGUAUGCGAGCAACAUCAUCACGACAUCCACUCUAGUGAGCCAGAAACGGCGAGCGAAAGAGGUCGGCAUAGAGGAUGUGCAGCGGAGCUACAAGCUCUUCUAUGACCCUCUGAGAUCGACUAAGCUGGUGACUGAUUUCGAAAGACAGUUCAUCAGUGAAAAUGGCGAGGUCAGCUUUGUGCUGAACGGUACCAACGGCACCGGUGCCGAUGCGAUGGAUACAGCUUGA